UCAUGCUUGCCUAGCCUUCGAUCUUUAUGCGGUUUGGGGAGUGUAGGAGACUUUCCCAGCUCUGUUUUAUUGUUAUUUCUAUAAAUUUUGUCCGCUAGAAAUUCCUCUCUGACCUUGAUUUCAUUUCUGUUUCUAAUCUUACACAUUUAUCACAAAACAAAAGCACUUUUUGGAAAAAAAAUCUAGAAGGAUCAGUGUGACUGCACUUGACGGAAAAAAUUAGAUAUAACAUUAGAUGUUUUUUCAAUCAUUGAGUGGUGAUCAAAAUAGAUAAUUGUUUAGUUCAAAUAAGCUCUCAGCCAAGAACAACCUGAUAAUUUGCCAAACACAAUUACAUUAGUUCCCUGAUUUUAUUGGAUUGCCAUGACAUAAUGAAAGGCUAUUUAUAGCUAGGUUUAUCAUUAAACAGUAAGGAUUGAGAAGCAUACAAGGAAGUCAAUUGUAUACAUUAAGAUGAACAGGUUAAAGGGGUUUGAGUCUACAUAAAAAAUAAUAUAUCAUUCAGGGGGUUUGUCAGUGGACUGUUAUGUGAAAAACUUCGUAAAUACUAUUAUUAUCAUAACAAGAGUGUCAAUAAUACAAAUUGUGUCGUGUAUCCACGUCUUCUGCAAACAAAAGAGACCGUCGUUUAUGCAGUCGCCAUUCGGAGUGACGUCACGAACUCGCCGUUUGACCUCGUUCGAUCACAAACGCGUUUUUUCCAACACGGCUAAGAAUUUGUCGGUUAAUAAACGCCGACAUACAUUUCUCGUCGCACUACUUUGAGCAUACAACGCUGCAGCUGUUACGUUACGCCCGCGUGGCUUCUGUUUUGCCGAAGGAGACGGGGGGCUCUACCCCUCCCCCCGCUUCCGGUGUUUGGGCGGAAGGAGCUAUGAGCUCAGGCCUCAUACUUUCAAUGGCGACCGAAAACUGGCCGAACAGAAAGCGGGAGCAAUCGCGGAGGGGUACGGAGUGUACAAGCGACAUUAAUUAAAUAAAUUAUUUAAUUCUCGAACUGUACUCAAAGUUCGCGUUCAAAACAACACACGUCUCGAGCCAUGGCCGAUGCCGCAGCCAGAAACGGGAGUAUUUCGCCCCUCGAAUCGGAGUUGUACUAUUUGAUAUCGCGCUUUCUUAGCACGGGGCCGUGUCGGAAAGCGGCCGAGGCUCUCGUGUGUGAGCUGGAAGAAAAUCAGCUCCUGCCACGCCGAUUGGAUUGGAGAGGAAACGAGCACCCACGAUCAUUUGAAGAUUUGGUUGCAGCCAACAGACAUAUCGCGCCAAAUCACCUGCUGCAGAUAUGCAAGCAAAUCGGUCCGAUUCUGGACCGGGAGGUUCCGUCCGGUGUGCAGGGAGUGCACUCCCUACUGGGAGCUGGCAAACACUCAUUACUGCGAACAUCAAAAGAUUGCGGCAACAGCAGAUGGAAAGCCUCCACAUUCGCGGCCCUCCACAGGGGGCGACCACCGGAGAGGCCUUUAAGUUGCAGGGAUGCCCCAAAUAUAGCGGAGGUGUACCGUGGCAGAGAGCUUACUGGAGCUCAGCGCUUCAACUCUAUCAACCCAGUUAGCAAUUAUCAACACAUGAGGCUGCACAGGCGGAUUCUGGGACAUCUGUCUGCUGUAUACUGUAUCGCCUUUGAUCGAACAGGUUCCAGGAUUUUUACGGGUUCCGAUGAUGCCUUGGUGAAGAUCUGGUCCUCUUUUGACGGGAGGCUUCACUCAACGCUCAGAGGACAUCACGCCGAGAUAUCAGACCUCGCCGUCAACUUUGAGAAUACUCUUAUCGCGGCCGGAAGCUGCGACAAAACCAUUCGCGUCUGGUGCCUUCGAACCUGUGCCCCGAUGGCAGUCCUUCAGGGCCACAGUGGAUCUAUUACCUCUUUACAGUUCUCUCCGUUUGUCAAGGGCUCCAAAAGGCACAUGGUUUCCACAGGAACAGAUGCAACCGUUUGUUUCUGGCAGUGGGAUGUUCAUAGCAACAGUUUUAACGACCGCCCACACAAAUUCACAGAGAGGCCGAGACCUGGCGUGCAAACGGUCUGUUCUUCUUUCAGCCCUGGUGGCAUGUUCCUUGCAACAGGAAGUACAGAUGAUGUCAUCAGGAUAUACUAUCUGGGCAGUGGUGGUCCAGAAAAACUAGCAGAGCUUGACUCGCACACUGACAAGGUGGACAGCAUUCAGUUCUGUCAUUCCGGAGAGAGGUUUGUGAGCGGCAGUCGAGAUGGCACAGCUCGUAUAUGGCGGCUACAUCAGAGACAUCAGUGGAAGAGUCUUUUAUUGCAAAUGUCUGCCACUCUUCCAGGGUCUGCACCUUUAACAGAGGAUGAAAAUUUUGUCAAACCCAAAGUCACCAUGGUGUCCUGGGACCGGCACGACAACACUGUCAUUACUGCUGUUAACAAUCAUCUCCUCAAAGUCUGGAAUUCAUACACGGGACAGUUGCUUCAUGUUUUAAAAGGUCAUGAAGCAGAGGUGUUUGUUUUGGAGCCCCACCCCUAUGAUCCGAGGAUCAUGCUGUCUGCUGGUCAUGAUGGAAAUGUCUUUAUAUGGGACCUCAUCAGAGGCACCAAAACUCUUCAUUACUUUAAUAUGAUUGAAGGUCAAGGACACGGGGCCGUGUUCGACUGCAAGUUCACUCCUGAUGGACAUCGCUUCGCGUGUACGGACUCUCACGGACAUCUGGUUAUAUUCGGCUUCGGGAGCUCAAAGCCUUAUGAAAAGCUUCCGGACCAGGUGUUCUUCCACACCGAUUACCGGCCGCUGAUCCGGGACUCGAACGGGUUUGUUCUGGAUGAGCAGACCCAGCAGGCCCCACACCUGAUGCCGCCUCCAUUCCUAGUGGAUGUCGAUGGGAACCCUCAUCCUCCCAAGUUUCAAAGACUGGUGCCUGGAAGGGAGAACAUCGCAGACGAACAUCUCGUUCCUCAACUGGGCUACGUCGCUACGAGUGAUGGUGAGGUUGUGGAGCAGGUGAUCAGUCAGCAGCGCGCCGAGAGCGAGGAACCUCGCCACCACAUUCUGGAUGACGCCAUACGUCAACUUCAAGAAAACCAGGACAGACAGCCGACAGUUCGUGCCGAGGGUGUCCCCGUCUCGGCCCGCAUUCCCGAACCCGGCACUCCCCGCAGAGUGUCUGUGAACGAACGGAUGGGUGUGCAGUCUCCACCUAAUGUGGGAUUACGUCGCAGUGGUCAAGUGGAGGGCGUUCGACAGAUGCACCAGAAUGCUCCACGCAGCCAGAUGGCCACUGAGAGAGACCUUCAGGCUUGGAGACGUAGGGUGGUCGUGCCUGAGCUUACGACAAGCAGCUACAAGGCCCAGGAGUCGUAUAGAGCCGUCAAGGGCGAGGAGGAGGUCACCCUUUACAACACAAAGAAACGGAGAGUGACCCAUGCCACUUUCAGGGAUGAUUCGGAAGAUGAGGGGCCAUGCAUCAAGCGUACGCACUCACGCAAACGUCAGAAAACCUUGGAGCGUAAAGAGAGACUGGGCGAAGAGUUCUUAGAGAUGUCUUGCGAGGAGGGGGAGGAGACGGUCUCUUCUGAGGACACUGAAAUGGAGGGAAGUGAUGUCGAUUCCUCUGAAGAUGACGACGAGUGGAGAAGCGAUAGCUCAAGCCGCUCCUCCAGUGAUUGUUCAGACUGGACGGCAGACGCAGGAAUCAGUCUGCGGCCUCCUUCAUCUCCGUCGUCCCGAAGGCGCGCUAGCCGUAGGAUCAGCAGCUCUGAGGACGAGGUUGAGGAGGAUGAAGAUCCAGUGGAGGAGGAACAGACUCUCGACGAAGACGACCAGACGUCUUCAACCCGGAAGCACAAGAAGGCCAAAAGCAAAACGCCAAAGCGCCCAAAACCAAGGCCGACCAUUAACAGAGAGGUGUCAACCGAGUUCCGUCCCUCGGCGUGGAUCACUGAUGUCAUUCCCAGAAAGUCGCCCUUUGUCCCUCAGAUGGGAGACGAGGUCAUCUAUUUUCGUCAGGGUCAUGAGGCGUACGUGGAUGCCGUCUGUAGGAGUAACCUCUACCACAUUAAUCUCGACAAACAGCCGUGGAAGAAAAUGGAGUUGAGAGACCAAGAGUUUGUGCAAAUAACAGGGAUCAAAUACGAAGUGUGCCCACCAACCUUGUGCUGUUUAAAACUUGCCCAGAUCGACCCUGGAACAGGCAAAAUAACAGACAGGUCCUUCACAGUAAAAUAUCAUGAUAUGCCAGAUGUUAUUGACUUCCUGGUGCUGCAUCAGAGUUACGAUGAGGCGCGGAACAGAGUCUGGAGACCGAACGAUCGAUUUCGCUCCGUGAUUGAUGACGCCUGGUGGUUUGGGACGAUAGUUUGUCAGGAACCGUAUCAGCCGGAGUAUCCUGACAGCCAUUUUCAGUGCUUUAAAGUCAAGUGGGAUAAUGGUGAGAUAGAAAAGCUGAGUCCUUGGGAUGUGGAAGCUAUUCCUGAAAACGCUGAACAGCCGGAGUCGGAGGGGGCAGGAGUUCCCGUGACGGUUGAAGAGAUGAUUGACAUCCUGUAUAAACCACAGGAGGGUGAAUGGGGGGACAGGGGACGAGAGGAAGAGAGCGCACGCGUGAUCGCAGGCAUCGAGCAGCUCAUCACCGUUGACAUCACCGCACCUUUCUCUGGUCCAGUCGACCUUAUUCAGUAUCCUACGUACUGCACCGUCAUCGCAUAUCCCACAGACCUGAACACCAUCAAACUGCGGUUAAAGCACAACUUCUAUAGGCGGAUGUCAGCACUGAUCUGGGACGUCAAACACAUUGAACAAAAUGCAAAGACUUUCAAUGAGCCCCGCAGCAAGAUUGCACACUCGGCAAAGAUCAUCACUAAUGCUCUCUUAAAGUUCAUCAGUAAACCUCACUGUGUGGAUGUCAUGGAGAUCUACAGUGCUGUGGAAAACAUGGAGUUCUCCGAUGAUGAGGAUCUGGAUGACAUUGAUGCGCCUGGAACCUCAUCCGGACCGAGACUUCGUCAGCCCUCGGUGGAGGUCGUGCAGGACAGGGACGCGUGGAAGGACCAGUGCAAGCGUCUGUUGGACUACAUGUUUCAGUGUGAGGACUCUGAACCUUUCCGGAAUCCUGUGGAUCGGAGUGAAUAUCCCGACUACACGGCUAUUAUUGAUACGCCGAUGGACCUCGGAACUGUUCAGAAAAAUCUUGCAGAAGACUGCUUUGAAAAUCCCACAGACGUCUGCAAGGACACCAGGCUCAUAUUUGCCAACGCUAAAGCCUACACGCCCAAUAAACGGUCGAAGAUCUAUAGCAUGACCUUGCGACUCUCAGCGUUUUUCGAGGAGAGCAUACGCAAAAUCAUUUCUGACUACAAGUCCGCUGUCAAAAGUAGCUUGAAGCUCAGACGCAGUCAGAGGUUCAGGAAGAAACUUCAGCAUCAGGAUCCAUCCAGCCAAGAAUCCACACGUCAACAGAGGGCUACUGUUAAAACUCAGGAAAUCCUGGAACCAUCUGCAACCAAAUCUACCUCAGCCAAGGUGUCCGUGUCAGAGCGCCGCAGAGUCAACGAAUCAAAGAACGGCUUCAGGCGGAGUGGCUCAUCUUCAUCUGGGUCUGAUCAACAAAGCAAACAGUCUUCGAGCGAGUCUGAUGAGGAAGAGAGGCCUUCGUCGUCCCGUCUCUUCAGGCGAGAGACGAGAGCGACGAGGAGAGCUGCACAAAAUAAAGGAGGAAAGCAGAGACAUGAGAGCCACACCAAGGUGAACGGGUUCAGCAGAAGCCAGGAGCGUCAGAGGUCCAGACCCUCUAGCGGCUCUGACCAGGAGCCAGAUUCGGACGCCUCUGAGAACGAGUCGUCUUCUUCCGUCAGUUCCCGGCCAAGGACCCGCAGGACUGCCAUGGCAGCGGUCAGUAAGAUGAAACUGAUGGAUAUCCUGGAGGAAGAUGACGCUUCAGACGAGGAAGGUCGCGGACGCAGCGUUCGGCACGUUACCCGCGCUAGCAAACGCUCUACUGUAAUUCAGAGCAGCGGUGAUUCGGAGGAAGACGACACAUCUCAGGACGAGUCAAAUGAAAGCGAAGGUUCGGCCAGCGAAGAAGAGAAAAGCGAGGCUAGCGCUAACAGCGACUCCUCCGCUCACAGCAAAGAAAGCGGAAGAGCUGGCCUUAGAUCAUGCAGACGGACAGGAACGGAGAAAAAGGAAGCUUCUUUGGUUAACGGGCAUUGCAAACGGCAAUACGAUGAAAGCGAGGACAACUCUGAUAAUGACAGUUCGGCAGAGGAGUCGGAUGAAGAGCGUACUGUCAGACAGAAGCCCACUAGGAUGACGGCGAAAGCUGCCGUCAGUAAAAUAAAAAAACUGAAUCGCAGCGAUGCAGAGGAACAUGAGAACCACCCCCGAAACCAACGUCGGAAACAUCAGUCAAGCAAGCAGGAGACCAGACGUUCAGAAGAGGAUGAAGAGCCCAUAGCUAAAAAGCACCCUCAUCACAACGGAAGAAAGAUGGAGGUGAAGGAGGAAAAGAGGAGUAAAUUAGCAUCAGAACGCCAAGAACAAGCUUCGGUCUCAAAAAUGCACGUCAUCCAGAAGAAAACCACAGUCACGGAUGCAUUAACUUCAACUACCCAGGACUCCGAGGAACUCAGUGACGUUCCAUUGAAACCUUUUGCACGUCAGAAGCGCAUUCAAUCAGAUGAAGACGUUGAAGAGAACGGACACGAUGGUGCCGAGAAAAGAUCGGUCAGGAACAGAAAGCGGGCGUCCAACACUCAUAGGAAAAGGCGUGAUGCGAGUUCAGAUGUUUCCGAUUCAGAGAAAUCUGUUGAGGACAGGAAGAGGAUUAAAUCGGAAGAUGAAGAGAAUCAAAGCGAUGAGGCCGAGGAAAUAUUGCUCCGCAAGAGAAAGCCGACGUCCAACACUCUUCAAUCAGACGAUGAAGAGAAUCUGAGUGAUGACGUUGAUGAAACCGGGUCCGUGGGCAAGCUGACAUCCGGCGUCCGGAAGAAGCAGGAUGAAAGCUCGGAUGUUUCCGGUUCAGAGAGUGAGGAGGGAAAAAAAGAGGCCACUUCAUCCGACGAGUGGCAACAGAGUGACGGAUCCGAGAAAGACAAGAAAAGGUAUCCAAGAAGAAGGCUUUGCACUAAAGCCCCUUCAAAACGCGGCUCUCUCAGAGAUAUUCCCAAGAAGAACUACAUUAUGGAGGACUCUGAUGAAGACUUCAACGCUGAGGUGGGGAUGCGGUCCAAGUGUGGAAAGAACAAGGAGCGGGCCAACUCCCGUGCAAGAAAACCAUCAGGGGACUCCAAAAGGAAGCACGGCUGCACCACCGACGAAGACAUCGACGACACCAGAAGACGGACCAGUUAUGAAAACGUGGCUUCAGAACCUCGACAAAAGCGUGCAAAAACUUCCAAGCACUUGAGGAAGGGUGUGACAGCCUCUGAAAGCAGCUCCGAAUCGCGGUGUAAUUCGGAGAGCGGUUCGUUACGCGGAAAACGAGACCGCCGGUCGGAGGAGAAGGUCCCCAGUGAAACCCAGCAUCAGGCACGCCGCGACCGCAAACGGAGUCGAAGUGAAAGCCACGAAAAGGAAAGCGGCUCUGAGAGCAAAGAAGAGUCCGAAUCAGGAACCAGCUCGGGUUCGCGGAGCACUCCGAAGAGAACUCUCCGGGGAACCGCACGCUUGAGGAAACGCCAGAGAGACGUGUCCGACGAGGAUAGCGACGUGUCGUACGCAAAGACGCGACCGGCUAGGCGCAUCCGGACCAGAAACAGAGGCAAACAGACUGUGAAUUACCAAGACAGCGAAUGAAGGACUGGGCCGCGCAAGAGACACUAACUGGAGACCUUGAAGACCCAAAAUUAAAUGGUAGUAGCACUGGAGUCCUCGGGUGUAUAUACUGUGAAUCGGUUUCAUUCAGGGAUAUUUAUAUUUUCUAUGAAAAAACGACAGAGAAACGAUUUCUAGAGAUGCGAUUCAUUCGCUGGUUCUCACCAGCGCCACUCGGUAAUUCGGCCAACAGGAAAGACUGCAUAGAGGCGCAUUGUCUGCUUUGGGUGCUAUCCUAAUUUACCUCUCCUGUUAAAUCGAGCAUCAUUUGCUGGCUUGCACUAAAGCACACUGUAUUGAGGUAUUUUAUACACUAGUUCUGCAUUUGAAACUCAGGGGUCAACUAUGUUUACGUCCGCACACACUUUACUACAAUAAAUGAUUAGUCUCUGCCCGGACACACGUUUUGUAUCGUCACUGUAUGAGAGGGACGUUGAGCCAAAAUGAACAAAAAAUUCUUCCUCGUAUCAAACUUUUUUUGGAUUCCCGUUUGGUUCCUUGUAUGUUUUUUUCCAUCUUUCCAGAGUUUUCUGAGAAUGGGUUUGUAGCAAACAGUUGUACAUUGAAACCUUUCUUUGUUUGAGCAUUACUUUCUUUUAAUAUUCCAUUGCAAUGCCAUGUACUAUAAUUUGGUACCAAUUUGCGAAGUACGGUCAAUCGAAAGAGUACUUGCGGCAAAGUACUGUGAUUUCUCAUAUUGGGAAGAUGUUUUAGUGAUCUGUUGCGUACUUUCAGUAUUAAUUUCUUGUCUGACUUAACUUAUGAACAGCAGUGAACUUUUGUACCCGGACUUUGAAUUGUGCAUCGCGGUUUAUGUAACGCAGUUGGCAUUUUUGCUUGAUGUCUUUCGUAAAAGCUUAUUCUUUAAAACAAGUUUCUCUGGGGAUGUUAGGCUUGUUGGCCACUGAAGUGGGAGAGGAAUGACUUCCUAUGAAUAAAAAUACUGUUUCAG